GAGAAACAUCCAACACAGCUUGACAGGUCAUCGGUUCAGGGUCUCAUUCCAACAGUGCCCGUUGGUUGCCACCUACGUGGGCUCAGUCUUCGCAAGAAAGGCUCAGCUCGAUCACACUCAGGACCAGCAUCUCGUAUUGCUGUUGCUUCAAUGUGGGGCUUGGACAACAUGCGUGGUCUCAUCCCUUGGGCUUCAGCUGGGCGUGUUGUUUGAUUCUGUAUCCAGCAUUUGUCUCGUUGUUUAGUCCAGAGUCUCCUCAGGCGGUCCGGUAUAUUAAUCCCUUUUCCUGUUGACUCGUGGCACGGCUCUCCUGGUUUUCCUCUCCAGUCAUACGUAUACGUUGGAUCAAAAUGCGCUCCUCAUUCACCAUUGCCUCCCUGGGUCUCAUCGCGUCGGCUUUGGCCAUCACGAUCACGACUCCGUCGUCCGACACGGAGUGGGAUUUCUCCACCCCCAAAACCAUCAAGUUCACCAGCACUUCCGAUGAUCCGCCGGUGAUCAGUAUCAUCCUGCGGUCUAAGGAUGGCUCUUUCCAGACCAAGCUGGCAGACAACGUCAAGACCUCCGAUGGGGAGUACACCACUCAACCCAAUCCUAGCAUUUCGAAUGGAUCCGACUACGAAAUCGAGAUUAUUGAUUCUUCGGGCCAGCUUGCUGUGAGCCCGGUUUUCACAGUCCAGAAGGGUGCUUCCAACGAUGGUACCACGUCCUCCUCCUCGUCCUCAUCGUCCACGUCUUCAUCUACCACUUCAUCAUCAUCAUCCUCCUCCUCCUCCUCCUCCUCCUCCACCAACACCACUUCUUCAACCUCUUCUGCGACCAGUGAGACCACUUCCACCUCGAUCACCCACACGACUUCGGUGUCCCCGACACCUGCGUCGUCGAUCCGACCUCUGUCUUCUUUAGGCAAGACGCGAACGUCAUACAUUGCUGCAAGCCGAUCGUUCUGACUAACAGUUAUUGCUCCACAGGCACGACCACCAAGUCAUCGUCCUCCUCGUCUUCCUCGUCCACCGCCUCCCGAGCCUCUGGCUCCGAGUCCUCCGGCACCGCCACAACAGCCGCCGCGCAGCU